AUGACGUCAGUGGUUCCAGCCCAAGUCUCGCUACACGUGUGUCUACGUGCCCUCCUGCUCCUGCUAAUGUUGACCUGGUGCCAGGGAGCCGUCAGGAACUACUACAUCGCUUCUAGAGACGUCUUAUGGAACUACUGCCCAGGGGGAGUUAACCUAGUGGACCCCAACGAUCAAGUGACAGCCGACAAGUAUGUUGUACCAGGCACCAGCCGUGUAGGCAGCAAGCGUCUGAAGACCCUAUUCUUCCAGUACACUGACCAGACGUACACCACAGAGAUGGUCAAGCCGGCAUACCAGGGUCUUCUUGGACCAAUCAUACGUGGGGAAGUCGGUGACGUCAUAGUCGUCUAUUUUUUCAACAACGCCUCCAGGAAUUAUUCGAUCCAUCCACAUGGUGUUUUCUAUGAGAAAAAAAGUGAAGGUGCGCUAUAUUUAGACGGGACAUCGGGAAUUUCCAAAGAAGACGACAGCGUCAUGCCAGGGUGCCGGGUCACCGUGACGUGGAACGUGACCGUGAGUGAUGCCCCGGCAGAGGGUGACCCGGCGUGCCUCCCGUGGGUGUACCACUCCCACAUCAACACCAGGAGGGACGUGUCCACGGGGAUGAUAGGCGUGGUCGUCACGUGCAAGCCAGGUACACUGAACUCCAAGAACGAGCGUGUGGACGUGGAUGUCGAGGUGCCGUUGUUCGUCAUGAACUGGGACGAGAACAUCAGCUGGCACCACAGGGACAACAUCAACACCUUCUGUCUGUCACCAUCAACAUGUCAACACCUGGCGGACAGUAGUGACCCAGGUUUUGUGGACAGCAAUUUGAUGAGGUCCGUUAAUGGAAGGUCGUUUGGUACGCUGGAGGGAUUGGAGGUAUGUGUUGGAGACCGUGUCCAGUUUUACGUCAUCGGUUUUGGGAACGAGAUGGACGUCCACUCGAUGCACUUCCAUGGUCAGAAUCUCAAGUACCAGCACCGGAGUUAUGACAUGGAAAAGUUUAUUAGCCAGGUGCCACAUCAAGUACAUUUAUACAUCUUCUAUCCUUCUAGAGGCGACACCGUGUCUGUGUACAGUGCCACGUUCGUUGCCGUGGCAACCAGACCAUCAAACCCUGGACGAUGGCUGAUCGCUGACUUUGUCGAUGACCACCAAAAAGAGGGUACAGCGGCGUUCUAUAACGUGAAGACCUGCCCCAACAAAGGCUACAAGAGAUACCCAUCACGUGACGGCUACUCUGGGACGACGAGGGAGUUUUUUCUAACGGCCGAGGAGAUCACGUGGAACUACGGACCAACGGGGUUGGAUGGCAGGACGAUGUUGCCAUUGACAACGGCUGGCAGCCCAUCGAAUCUUUACUUCAAUCUCAACCAAACCCGACUGGGCGGUGUGUACAAGAAGGCCAAGUUCAUCCAGUACACAAGUUCACUCUUCUGUACCAAGGUCAGCAGCUCGCCCAAGGACGCUCACCUUGGCAUUCUGGGACCGGUCCUGCGCGUGGAGGUCGGGGACAGGGUGGUCGUGACCUUGAAGAAUCUCCUCCCCUUCCCCGUGUCCUUUCUAACCCACGGUCUUAGUUACGACGUAGCAGAGGAGGAUAAAGGUGAGCCCACAGUCUUUUAA